AUUGCAACCACUCUCUCUCUCUCUCUUUCUCUCUCUCUCUCUCCCUCCAAGUCUUCGUGGUUGGCCAUAGCUCCUCUUCAAGUCGUCGCCCAUUGCAGAUCUCUUCGCCAGAGCUCCUUUUUCAACGAUCAUGGAGCUCAAAGGCUUCUCUAAAGUUCUUCUCUUCUUUCUUGUUAUAGCAAUCUAUGCAUCUCUCUCUUCUUCAAGUUUCAUCUCAGAUGGUGUGUUCGAAUCUCAGACUUCGGUUACUGGCAGGAACCUCCUUCAGGCCAAGAAACCUUGCCCUGUGAACUUUGAGUUUAUGAACUACACGAUCAUAACAGGCCGCUGCAAAGGCCCCAAGUACCCACCAAAGGACUGUUGCUCGGCGUUUAAGGAUUUUGCUUGUCCUUACGCCGACCAGAUCAACGAUCUGAGCACGGACUGUGCCACCACCAUGUUCAGCUACAUCAACCUCUACGGGAAAUACCCACCCGGCCUCUUUGCCAACCAGUGCAAGGAAGGGAAAGAAGGCUUAGCCUGUCCUGCUCUUCCACCGGCCUCAGCUGCCAAUGUAAACGCUGCCCACGUUCCCGUUUCUCCUCAUCUUUGGCUGGCAACCACGGCUGCGCUCUCGCUGUUUGUCAAUCUGUUGUUCUGAGAGGAGGCCGAAAGGAACGAUCUUUCUUCUCGGGUUUCUGGAUUGUGCACUUAGCUUUUGAAGAGAGAGUGUAUUCCACGCAGGAUUUGCUUACAUUCUUUUGAUAGAGAUCUUGGGAUUCUUUGUAACUUGUAUGGCUGUGUGUGUAACAUCAAAACGCCCUAUUUAUUGCUUUAAAUCUUUCUGUAUUGUGUCUU